CUGCCAGCUCUAAGAUGCCCCGCUAUGAACUGGCUUUGAUCGUGAAAGCCAUGCAGAGGCCUGAGACAGCUGCCGUGCUCAAACGCACCGUGGAGGCUCUGAUGGAGAGAGGAGCCGUGGUGAGGAACCUGGAGAACCUGGGGGAGAGGGCCCUGCCCUACAAAAUCUCCAAGCACAAGGAGCGCCAMAAGAGAGGAGGGUAUUUCCUGAUCGACUUGGAGGCCCCYCCAUCCCUGGUGGCCCCCAUGAUGGAGCAUCUGGGCCGGGACAUCGAUGUCAUCAGGAGGAAUUUCAUCAAACACCCCAYACCCAGGGCAGAAGAAUGCGGCGGYAUUGUCCCUGUCAGCCCUGAAGAAAAACUCACAGCCAGGAAAAACCGAAAAUCCCAAACUUUGGAAACUUCUUAACCCAUUUUUUAUCGCUGCUUUGGAAAGGAAUUGUGAUAAUUGCCGUCUGCCCCAAAACAGAAUCCCCGUGGGCCGUGGGAUGUGUGUGGUCUAUCACAGCAUCUUCAUCCUCGUAACAAAUCUUUUUGUCUGAAAUAAUUGGGGUAGUUUUAAUCUGGGUGCUUAUCUUGCUAUUUGACAACUCUGCAAAUUGAUUUGCUUUUCUCUCUGAGCGUUACACCAAUAAUGAAGAUUUCUCCAGCAGCAGGAUAUUAUAAAUAGAUUUUUUUUUCCAGAGAUUACUCCAGAAUAUGGAUAUUUACAGAAGAGAUUAGGAAGUCUGCAGUGUAAAUAUAGAAAUAGAGGAUGUGAUUUGAUGGAGGCUUGUUUUGGGGGCAAAACAAGGCAAUAAAAGUGGUUAAAAAUAAAACCUGACUUUAUUUUAUUCU